AUGUCGGCUCAAGCAUGGUUGUGCCCACGACCUCUGCAGAAAGUUGUUUGCGAAGUAUCUCAUCAAUCCUUUCUCUCUUGGAGCGAAUUACUGCUGAGUGUGGUUGGAAUGUCACAUUUUGCCUUGCUUCUGGGAGUUGCGCUGUUUGAGAGCACUCUUGCCAAGCACGUCGGCCAACAAAGGAUAGUAGUGGAUGCAAAUGGUGCUGACGCCGACACUGGUAGUUCUCUGCUCAGACGCGAGGCAGAGCUCAUGCGGUUGGACGAAGGAGCUGAUCAAAGGCAAGCAGUCCGAGCUGAUUGUACCGGUCUUCUGAUGGCCUUCAGUUGUGAUGAACACAAGACCGCGGCGGUCUGUGAGAGCCACAAAGUGAACUCCGGAUCCGAUGCAUUCAGAUGCAGCUGGAAGCCGUCAGUACCUGCCGGGGACAACCCAGCAGUGCCGGCGAAUUGCUUCGUCGAUCUUGCAGCGGGCUCCUGCGGAAUCACCAAUUCUACCGGGUGUUGCCAGGCAGCUCCGCUUGACUUCGCUGUCUCUUUGGAAGAGUUCGGGCAGCUGCUGCAAGGCCUUGGCUCGGCUGAGGCUCUGCGCCAGGCGAGGGACAGCCCGACUGCAGCAAUCCAUCGGCUGGAUAGCACCGCAAGUGGUUUCGUGCGGAGAGGCGAGUUCACGGAUGCUUUGCAAGCCCUCCCGUGUGCUUUCUCAGCGGAAGAGAGGCAUCAGGUUGCCUCCCUCUUCGCUCCGCCAGGUGAUUUGCAGUGGGUGUGCUACCCUCUGUUUCUUCAGUUCCUUGCUGAUUCCGACGAGGCCGCUUGCAUCGGAUACCGGCUUCCUCUGAAAUGCUCCGAACUGCAUCUUCUCGUCGGCUCCAGACAGGCGAUUCAACGCGGCACAAGCAAGAGUCACAGAGAGCCACAUAGAGUCACAAAGAGUCUCAGAGUCCAAGUUGAGCAGAGCAUGGAGUGA